UUGGCCAAACUAUACAACUAUAUAUCAGCUGACAGGCAGGUUAAAAAAGUUGUCUUUUUUUCAACCUAACUUACUAUGUUAUACUGAUGAUAUGAAGGUUAGUAGGACACUUGGGUCGAGGAAUAGUUGUGCAUACAGGUCUGGGAGUCCAAAUAGGUCCUGGCAUUGCAAUUACAGACGCCAGAACAGCCCACUAAACAGAGACUUUCUAUGGCAUUUGCCAGGACCCACAGAUUCCCAGUCCGGGCCUGUGUGUAUGGAAAGAUACCCGAUAUAAAACCGAACUCUUUCCCUUUUAACAAGGAAAUGAACAUGUCGCAUCGUGGCCAUUGUGUGUCCUCGGCCGAUCAAGCCGUUGCAUACAGGUAGUGCCCACACUGUACUGUAGGGUCAAAUACAUUUGCUGGAACACCAGAAAUAAAAACAAAGGAAAGAGAAUAUAAAACACGUGCGACGUGAGACUAUUAGGCGCCUACAAACUUUGCGCACAAGUAGCGACACCGAAUUAAAACCAGCGCCGCUAAUUGUACUCGUUUUAACUAGUCCCAGCGCUCAAACAGCCCAGUGACGUUAAUUCCAUGCAGACUGCGGAAACGUAGGGAGAACGAGAGACGUUUUACUGUGCACCUAUUCGAGAGCGCUUUGUGGCGAGGCCUUAUGCUCCAACUAAAUCCACAGGCAUUGCCCCAACCCCUCCUGAGGACACCUUUCCCUCCCACGUGCUUUCAUCGAGAGCGGCGCGGCAGUGAAGUGGUUAAUCUCCCGGCGGAAGCAUCCUGUGCGGAGCCGCGUCACUGCAGAGUCACAUCCCGAGCGGUCGCGCGUAUCCCUCCUCCUCCUCCGCCGCAGCAGCAGCGAUAAUAAAUCCCCGGUGGUGAUUGUGGAUGUAAAACCCCGGUACGGAAUAUCUGGUGAGCGUCGCUUGGUCGUAGAAAUUGGAUAUGUUUUGUUAGUUUACCCGGACUUUUCUUCAAGGGCUAGAAGUGGGGCCUGCGGCCUGAGCGCUCGAUUCGGAGAUAUUCUCCCGGCUCAGCUGGACUAUUUUUUCUCCGGGCAAGGAAGAUGGCGGCCGUUCCCUGAGAUUAGCGGCGGCGGGUAGGCCUAGAGAGGCGGAAGCGACAACAAGAGAACGACUUUGGAGACACCCGAUCGGACUAAGCCAGGGCAUGGACUGAAAGAGGCCGGGAGCACAGCUCGGGGUGCCCAGGUUCCCCUACCUCUCUUUCCCGGACUGUGUAUCGGGUGACGGGGGUGAAAUGCUACCCCGGUGGGGGUCCUGGCUGCCCCGGCAAUUGUAAAGGUCUCCCGGCACGGGAGGAUCACAGAUUUGGAACAGGAAUGGAUGAACAAAAGGCAUCCAGCGAGGACAAGGAAUCUGAAGCAUCUGCUGAUGAAAAUGCUUCUGAUGGGGCCUGUGAAGCAGAAGGGGGUGAGCCCAUUAACCCUGCGCAAUCAAAUCCAACUGACGUGGAUGAGGCUCCUUUAGUCCCACCAUGCAUCAGUUCCAAAAACAGGAGCUGUGCUCUUUGCAACUGUGGAGAGUGGAGCCCUCAGGGCCAGCGGGAACUUCUGCGUUUUAACCCUUCAACAGACCACCCAGUGCCGAUUCCUGGCCCCAUUCAGGUGCAAGAAACUUCCACACAGAUUUCAGACCCCUCUAUAAUUGGCUUUGAAGAGGGUGUGUCACCUGCACAGCUCUUUGAACCUACAGGACACUGUUGGGCUCAUCACUGGUGUGCAUCCUGGUCAGCAGGAGUAACAAGUGUUGAAGGGACUGGACUGAUCAAUGUGGACAAAGCUGUAUACUCAGGGAUAUCACAGAAAUGUGAAUACUGUAAUCGAAUGGGUGCUACCAUUCAGUGCCACUCGACAGGGUGUUUGCGCCGGUACCAUUUUCCCUGCGCAGCUGCGAGUGGAUCCUUCCAGUCCAUGAAGACCUUAAAACUGCUGUGCACAGAACAUCUUAAAGAAGCUGUUUCAAUGGAUGACUCCCGUUGUGUGCUGUGCGACAAGCCUGGUGACCUCAUAGACCUCCUCUUCUGCACCAGCUGCGGGCUGCACUAUCAUGGCGCCUGUCUGGAAAUCACAGUCUCGCCACUAAAACGCUCAGGCUGGCAAUGCCCUGAAUGUAAAGUGUGCCAAACCUGCAGGCAGCCAGGGGAAGACACAAUGAUGCUUGUUUGUGACGCAUGUGAUAAGGGAUAUCACACCUUUUGUUUGAAACCAGCUAUUGAGUGCUUGCCCACUGACUCAUGGAAGUGUAAGACCUGCCGUGUUUGUCGCCUAUGUGGCUCUCGGACAGCACAGAUGAAACCCGGCAGUCAGUGGUACGACAAUUAUUCAGUGUGUUCAAUAUGCCAAGAGAAGAGGAAUCAGGCAGAAACUUGUGUCUUGUGUAGUCACUCUCUGCCAAAAGAGAAGUGUCCCAAUUGUAGCAAUGUCCAUCAAACAGUUUGCGCACAGGCUGAUGACUCUACUCCAUGCAGUGCUGGUUGCCCAUUAACUGAUAAACAGUCGCUGCAGGAAAAUGGCAGUGAGAUCUCAAACACGAAGCUGUCUGAAUGUGAAGCCAAACCACUAGGGAUGUCUGAGAUGAAUCUCGAUCCCCUUCAGAAGAAAGUUUCAUCUGAAACACUGAUGGAGCCUAUAUCACAUUCUAUGUCUCUGGAGGAUCUUGUAACAACAGAAGAAGAUGGUCCUUCCACUUCAGACAAUGAAGCUGCUGAGGCACCUCCUGUGGUCACAGAGCAGUUAAGGGAAAAAAGCCCACCCCCUUUGAAAGCUGAACUACCACCUCUAGAAACAGCGUCUGAUGCUUGUGAUUUACUUGAUGAGGCUCCUGUGCUGGUCACUGUGGAAGAUGAAGAAAUGGAAACUGAAGAUACAGAGACUGGGUUUCAGGAGGUGCAAAAGGAAGUGACUGGUUCGGUACUUGUUAACUCCAACAUUAAGACUGAUUCUCCUCCUUUAGUAUCCGAUGCAUCCCAGGCAUGUGCCUCAGUAACUGAGGGCUCUGACAUAAGGCUUACAGACACCACUCAUCUAGCUAGUGAGUCUUGUCAGAGUCCUUCGAAGACAACUAGCUGCUCUCAGCAACUAUCUCUUUCAGACUCUGAAAUGACUGUUGAGUCUGAGGAUCCUCCCUGCCACCCUAAUACAGAGAUGUUAAAUGCUGACAGUACAUUUUGUCAAGAUACAAUUGGGGGCUACUCUACUCGCAAAGAGCAAGGGCCACGCAGACCUGUUCUUAUAAAGUCUGACAUUGUAAAUGAGAUCUCUAAUUUGAGCCAGGGGGACACCAUAGGUAGCUAUCAUGGCUCUGAUGCACUAGGUUCCCCUGACCCUGAGGGCGGGUCCCUCUCUAUGGAGAUGUGUUUGCAUAAAGAGGAUGGAUCCUUGCGCAUGUGCAAUGACUCUAUAACAGAGACAGAUGAUUCUCUGCUCUAUGAACCCUCUGGGGGAAAACUAGAUGCAGAAAAGACUCGUCGAAAAAGCUCACCAGGGCGAUCAAGGGUUAAACAAGGUCGAAGUAGCAGCUUUCCUGGAAGAAGGCGACCCCGUGGGGGAAGUGGUGCUGGAACUAGUCGAGGUAGAGGAAGAUCACGACUUAAAUCUACAGCCUCUUCCAUAGAAACUCUUCCGGUGCUAGAUGUGGAAAGCUCUCCCAGCAAAGAGGAGGAGGAGGAGGAGGAGGAGGAAGAAGAUGAUACAAUGCAGAACACAGUUGUGCUUUUUUCCAACACUGAUAAGUUUGUGCUUAUGCAGGACAUGUGUGUGGUAUGUGGCAGCUUUGGUCGAGGCUCAGAAGGGCAUCUACUAGCGUGUUCUCAGUGUUCUCAGUGUUAUCAUCCAUACUGUGUAAAUAGCAAGAUCACCAAGGUGAUGCUUCUAAAAGGCUGGCGAUGUGUGGAGUGUAUUGUUUGUGAAGUGUGUGGAAAAGCUACAGACCCUUCUCGUUUACUGCUCUGCGAUGACUGUGACAUCAGUUACCACACGUAUUGCCUAGAUCCACCACUACAUACAGUGCCCAAGGGUGGCUGGAAAUGCAGAUGGUGUGUGAGCUGUAUGCAGUGUGGUGCAGUCACUCCUGGAUUUCGUUCAGAGUGGCAAAAUAACUACACACAUUGUGCGCCAUGUGCCAGUCUUGUAAACUGUCCUGUUUGUCACCUUAAGUACUUGGAGGGAGAUCUUCUUAUCCAGUGUCGUCACUGCGAGAGGUGGCUCCAUGCCGUGUGUGAAAAUUUGUUCACAGAAGAAGAGGUUGAACAGGCUGCAGAUGAGGGUUUUGACUGCUCAUCAUGUCAGCCAUUCAUCCCUAAGCCAGUGGUUCCAGCUGUCAUUCCAGAAAGUCCAAGGCUUAAGGAACCAGCUGCUUCUUUUGCAGAACCCCAGUACUUCCGUUUUGAUGGGGUUUGGUUAACUGAUGCAGGCAUGGCAGUGUUGCGAAGUCUUUCUCUGUCUCCAAUUCAAAAAAAGAAGCCCAGGCGGUCACGGUUAUGCACAGGAGGAGAGGUUUUUAUUGAUUGCCCUGAAACGAUGGGGACUGAGGAACGGAAAGAAGGGGAAGUUGAGUGUGAAGAUCAUAAAGCUGAUGACAACUGCAAUGUGGAGCCCAUGGAGUGUGAUAUAAAGACUGAGGCAAUGGGUAGCCCAGAACGUGAAGCAUGUGCAGAAACAGAACCAGUAAAAUGCAUGGAAGAUGUGGAGGAUGUUAAAAAAAAGAAAAGAAAACCCUACAGACCAGGUAUUGGAGGUUUUAUGAUCAGGCAGAGAAAAACUCAUACGAGGACAAAGAAGGGACAUGCUGCAUUUCUUGAGGCCUGUAGAGAAAGCCAGAAUCAAGAUGUUCAUCAAGAUGAUGUAACUGCCCCUUCUGAGACUCCUACAGAAACUUGUCCAGAAACAGGAAUUACAGAGUCUGAUGACAAAAAGAAACGAAGAGGCAGAAAAAAGAGCAAAUUGGAGGAUAUGUUUCCAGCAUAUCUUCAGGAAGCCUUUUUUGGAAAGGAACUGAUAGAUCUUGGCAAGCAGGCCCUUUUGGCAGCCCGUCCAGUUGCUCAGAAGCAAAAACCAGUGCAGGGUGCUACCUUGCCAUCACAGAGCUCAGUUCAAACAUCAUUGCAAAGCACAGCUCCUUCAGGAGAGCCUGUCAUUGCAUCUACUCCUGCAGCACCACUGGAAGAGUUAAACAGCAAUAAAAUGAAGACAGAGAAUACAGAGGUUGCAUCCGAGGCAAAGGUCCAGAAUGUUGCUGCAGUUCCUCACACUGAAGAGAGAAUUACAGUGCUGCUCCCAGAGGCAGCCCUCGGGCCGGAUCUGGAUAAAAUCUCCACGGAGGAACUCCCUAAGAUGGAAAACACAGAUAUACAGCAAAUGUUAAAGGAUGUGCUAGGGCCGACAGAACAGGAGCAGACUCUAAACAACAUCAGUGGACGGUUGGAUAGUUCAUCUUCAGGGGCAACUAACCCGUCCCCACUAUCCUUUCUGCAAGGUGUGUCCCAUCCAACUACUUCUUAUGUAGAAUCUUUCUCGCAGUCUGGAUUUAUGGAGAACAGGAAUUCUGUAUUCAGCCCUGAACACUGUGAUACGGAGAGCUCUUGGACUACAGCCUCCACUCCAACUACACCAACCGCAGAAGGGGAGACUGAUGGCCUAUCCUACAACCAGCGUAGCUUGCAAAGGUGGGAGAAGGAUGAAGAGCUGGGUGAACUUUCAACUAUAUCGCCUGUUCUCUAUGCUAACAAGAACUUUCCUAAUCUCAGACUGGAAUAUCCAGAUUGGACCAGUCGGUGUAAGCAGAUCAUGAAGUUGUGGAGAAAAGUUCCAGCAUCAGAUAAAGCACCAUAUCUGCAAAAGGCCAAAGACAAUCGUGCUGCACAUCGAAUUAGCAAGGUUCAGAGGCAGGCAGAAAAUCAGAUCAACAAGCAGUCCAAAGUAGAAGUUGCACGAAAAAUAGAACGUCCAGUGCUUCAGCUUCAGAUCCCUCCGCAUUCAGAAUCUCAGCCUGGUGCAACCCCAGAUUUUAGGACUGGUGUACAAACUGCACAAGAUCCUUUCCUGUCUAGUGACUCUGUUUUGUCUACCUCCUCAGACUUGUUUUUAAAGCCUUCACCAGCUGGCACACCAGGGGUAGAAUCACCUGGUGAUGUUUUCUUUAAGUUGCCUCCUCCUUCACCAUCCCAGGAGCACAUUAACAGUUCUCCUGCUUACUCUUUGGACCCUCGAUACCAGUCUUCCUUGGGACAGUCCCCAGCUUCUUGUGGGCCCUUCCAGGCAAUGACUGGGACUGAGAAUCACCCUGGACCCAAUGCACAACAUGCAAUUCAGAAGUUUGAUUACCAGACCUCUCACCAAGCCGCCACCCAUCACCAACCUCUUACUCCAGAGCCCUUUAUUAAACCACGUUACCCAGCUGGAUCCCUUGAUAACUUGUCAUUGAUCGGGAGCCCUGGUCCACGGUUAAGCCAGCCAUUUGAGAACUCUUGCAAACCUGCAGAACCAAUGAUGUCUCCAACACGCUAUGGGGAUACCAAGCGUCACUCUGAUGGAAUGCUUUAUCAAAUAAAAAAGGAAGAUGUUGGUUCUCCUGGCUACCCCCACAGUGUUGGGUCUGGUGAUGGAACAGCCGAGAUGAAAUGUGAUGUGUUUAAAGCACCUCUAACUCCCCGGACAUCUCAAAUGGAGCCUCAUAGCCCUGCAUCAUCUCACAGAGAUCCACACCUAUAUACACCAGUGACAUCACCUCAGCACCACUCAGACAUGUACAGGCAAUCCUCUUCUGCUUCAUAUACAGAUCCUUACUCCCAACCACCAUUAACUCCUCGACCCCAAUCAGCAGAAGGGAGCUGCACUUUGAAUCCUCGAUCUCUACCCUCCGAUCCCUUCACUCGUGUCCCAACAAGCCCGCAGUCUCAGGCCAGUUCCCAGUCCCCGUUAACUCCUAGGCCACUUUCGGCAGAUGCAUUUUGCCAAUCUCCAGUAACCCCACGGUUUCAGUCUCCAGACCCAUACUCGCAACCUCCCUCACGUCCUCAUUCUCGUGACCCUUUUGCACCACCACACAAACCUCCUCGACCACAGGUUGCAGAACAAGGUUUUAAACCUUCUGCUCCUCUCUUGCAUACAUCCCCUGUUGGAUCAGGCUACCAGUCAUCCCAGGAGGUCCACCCUAAAUUACCAGUGAAUCAGCAGCAGAAUUCUAUGUUUGCUCGCUCUCCUGGUGCCAGUGUUUUUCCAAAUGCUCAGAAUCAGUUAUGUUUUACUUUCCCCCAUUCACCUGGGGAUAGUGGUGUUAAAAAUUCGCCCUCACACCAGCCUAAUCUCCCAUCUUCCCAUUCAAUGAACACUUUCCAUCCCAACAAGCAUCAGAGUUAUGCCUCUCCCAACAGCAACACUCCCUCUUUCCAUGCAGCCGGCAGCCCACAUUCAUCUGGAAAUAGCAGCACUUCUGAUUUAUAUGCACAGUCUCCUCACAGACCUCCUUCAGUUUUGCCACAAGAACCUACCUAUCAGUCUCCUGCUACUAGCCAACGUCAAGGCCUUAACUCUCCAGCAGAAAAGCAGAGGGAAGAUCUAAAUGGAACUGUUAAUGCACUUGGCACGGCUUCCAAAGAAGUGCCAGAACUUCAGAGCACUCCUGAUCCAGCACUGAGUAAUAUGAGCCAGACAGAGCUGGAAAGACACCGACAGAGACAGAGAUUAAGAGAGCUUUUAAUCAGACAACAGAUCCAGCGGAAUACUUUACGUCAAGAGAAGGAAGCAGCUGCAGCUACACUGAGUUCAUCCCAUCCAGGGUGGAGUGUUGAAUUGAGUGGGCAAAGUUUUGAUGCAGCAGGACGAGUUGCGAUGUACCCUUCUGCACAGGAAAAGGCUAAUCCUUCGGUUAUACCUGCCUCUCCUGGAGCAAGUAAAUCUUCUGCUCAUUCUUUUCCCCAAGAUGAUCGACUAAAUAUGCCUAUGCUUAAUGCAUCUCCUGGGACUUCUGACAAUUCUGGAAGGCAAUCUGCUGAAGCAGCACAAACAUUUUAUGCAAGAGGAUCCUUUCCAGAUCAAGCACAGGUCUGGCAAUCACCAGUAACAUCUCAGAGGUCUCUGACUCCCAACCGGCCUUUACUCACACCUUCAUUGACUAGUGGAGGAAUUGUGCGAUUGCCUUUUCCAGGAGAUCAGAUUAAUUCAUCUUCAGUUACUGUAGGCGGAGCACCUUACAUUGAGCUGCGGCAUCAUGCGCCAAAAUUACACAUUGGUACUCCUUUCCCCCCCCAAAUCUCACAAACCAGACCACGUUUUUAUUUAGCAGGUGAAGGGGUAAAUUCUCCAUUGAUACCUGGGGUUAUUAGAACUGAUGGAAGCACCAUACAAGUGCCAGUGAUGAGAAACCCAUUGCAGCAAAAUCAAAAAUCACUAGCUUCCACCCCUUUAACUCUUUCUCAUGCCGCAAAUAUGGAUGGUGUGCAACAGCCAAUUCAUGCAAAAGGGAAUACUGAAAUAACACCGCAUCAGUCCAAUUUACAAGCACCAGCUCUUUCUGAAGGCUCAAAAGAGGGAACAUCUACUAGUCUCGAGGGUGGAAGAGUCCAUUGUGAUGAUCCCCCGGAACUUGAUGUUGAUUUUGACACACAUAAAGACUUGGAAGAUGAUGAUUUGGCAAAUUUGAGUCUUGACGUGGCUAAAGCAGAUGAUGAUUUAGGCAAUCUUGAUAACCUUGAAACAAAUGACCCACACCUGGAUGAUCUCUUAAAUGGAGACGAGUUUGACUUACUAGCUUACACUGAUCCUGAAUUAGAUACUGGGGACAAAAAAGACAUUUUUAAUGAGCACUUGCGUCUUGUUGAAGCGGAGGAGGAAGCAUUGAUGAAGAUGGAACCCGAUAGCAGUGAUGCCAAAACAGACUGCACUACCAAAAAGUUGGCACAGGAUGUGUCCGUAAAUGCAGUUAUGGAAACAACCAAAGACAGAUUGACUGGUGAUUUGGGACUUGAAUUAAGCCACCUGCCUCAUAGUGGAGGGGUAAAGGUAACCCAAAUUCCAUCUGCAGCUGAAACAAAACCAGUCUUUAGUGGUAAUUUUAAACCAAAAACAGAAGAUGGUGGUCUGAAGACUAGCAAUUGUCAGUUUAGUACAAACAAUCAAGUGUCAGUUAAAAUAGAAUCUGGUCAUGGCCAUGAUACAAAUUUGCUUUGCAUUGGUUUGGUAAAGUCUGCAACUGGCCAUAGUGUAAACACUAUUCAAGAUAGAAAUCAAGCUGUUCCUGUAUUCUCAAACCAAGACUCUGUAAUGUCUGCAGUUGCAGGACAGAGCAGCCUGGUACUUGGGAAGUUUGAGUUAGAUGAUGGUGCUCUUAGUCUGCAGGGUACAAGGCAGUCCCCUAGUGAUGAUCUUGAUAAAAUGGAGAGCUCCCUAGUAGCCAGUGAACUUCCACUUCUUAUAGAGGACCUUCUGGAACAUGAGAAAAAAGAACAGCAGAAAAAGCUGCUGUCAGGACAGCAUACAGAGACUGUACCACAGCACCCUAUGAUUACUCAUCCAUCUUUGGCAGCUCAGUCAGGACCCCAUAUUCAACAGCACCAAGGCUCUCACCAGGCAAAUUUAUUAGGACUUGGACUUGUACCAAGACAACAAGGGCUGAACUCUACUUCCCAAAUUCUAAGUCCACAGCAUCAGAUACAGCAGAGGAUAGCUGGAGCACCAAUCAGCGCUGUUGUGGAUUCAUCUUUUUCAGGUGCUCCUAAUCAAGCUCACUUAUUAGGUGGUCAAAACCUGGUGCAAACUGGAGUACCCCAAACCCAUGGUCUCCCUCCAAAACCUAUGAUUGGGCAGCAAAUUGGAGUGAAGCCACAGCCGCUUGUUAUGCAGCAACAGCAACUGACAAACAACAUAUUUCCCGAUACAGAUCUGGACAAAUUUGCAGCUGAUGACAUCACGGAUCCCAUCGCAAAGGCAAAGAUGGUUGCCUUAAAGGGAAUAAAGAAAGUUAUGGCACAGGGGAGCAUUGGCGUCACCCCUGCUAUGAACAGGCAACAGGUCUCCCUCCUUGCCCAACGACUAGGUGUCCCUGGAGUUCCUGAAUCUAGCAGUCAGACACCUGCAGCUGUAACGCAGGAGAGGUGCAGCAUUGACCCAGCUCAGCCACGUCCCAACCCACCUGCAUUUGUUCAGGGAGUAAUUAAUGAAGCAGAUCAACGGCAGUAUGAAGAGUGGCUGUUUCAUACUCAGCAGCUCUUGCAGAUGCAGUUAAAGGUCCUUGAAGAACAAAUUGGUGUCCAUAGGAAGUCUCGAAAAGCAUUGUGCGCUAAGCAGCGAACAGCUAAGAAGGCUGGUCGUGAAUUUCCAGAAGCCGAUGCAGAAAAGCUAAAAUUGGUCACUGAACAACAAAGCAAGAUUCAGAAGCAGCUUGACCAAGUUCGUAAACAACAAAAGGAGCAUACAAAUCUGAUGGCAGAGUAUCGAAAUAAACAGCAGCAACAUCAGCAACAAAACUGUGGCAUUCUUCCAGUCAGUCCUAAUCCGAACACUCGUGUUCUAACAAAGGCUCCUAGCCAACUCAUUGCAGGACACGGCAUGCCACAAGCAGGGUCUAUACAACACAGUCAGAUGGUUGGACAGAAUAGUAGUCUUCGUAACCUUCAGUCAGGCAUUGCCAUGCAAACACAACAAGGCCCCUCCUAUGUUCAACCAAUACCUCAGCAGCAUCAGGCUCAGGGUGGUAACUCUGCAGUUCCUGGAACUUCCAGUGGCUUUUACCCAGCAGCAUCAACUCUUCACAACCUCAGUCCUGAUCAAAGGGCAAUCCAGGAGAGACAGGUUCAGCAGCAAAGGAUGCAGCUGGCACAAAAACUGCAGCAUCAGGGUUUUCAGAUGUCACCACAAGGAAGUGUCCCUCAGGCAAUGUUGGGCAAACAGCAUGGACUAGUAGGAGAAUCCCAUGGGUUGGUGGUACAGCAAACCGCUUCUCAGCCACAGCAGUCAGUUGCAGGGAAUUCCCUAGCAUCUGUGUUACAGCAACACCCCACACAGCAGAGACAAAUUUUAGUGUCUCCGCAACAGCAGAGGGUUGUGGGAUCCUCUCCAGUAGCCCACUCACAAAGUCUCAUUAGUCAGAGGUUAGUUUUGUCUCAACCACAGCAGAGCAUGCUUGGCUUACCCCAGAUACAGCAUCAAGCUGGUGUGGGUACUCCUGCCAGUAAUUUGGUACAGCAGACUCUAAUUGGACAACUCCCCCCCACCUCCCAAACCAUAACUGGCCAUCAGCAAAAUAUAUUGAAUACGAAGGAUGUUAAUAUGAAAGAAGGUGAAGACACUCCAGGUGAGCAACAGCACCUUGGUCUUCAACAGACCUCAACAUGCAGUCCAGUAGGUCAAGAUUCUAGUGAUAAACCAUCUCGUGAUCAGCUAAACAAUGGUUCAACCUCUUUAAUUAGCCAAAAACCUGAUACUCAACAUUCUGACUCAGUGGAAGAUGUGCAGCAGCCAAAUGAAAAUCUGGAAACAGCACAAUCUCCAUUUUGUGUUACAAGUCCUGUACAACAGCCUGUUAGACAGCAACAUAAUUUGACUCUUCCACCAACGCAGCAAACCGUACAAAAUCUUGGUGCACAUGGAAAGCCUGAUGAUAUCCAUCAUGUUAUUACGCCAGAGACUUUACAUCCACCUUCUGUUGAUACACCACAAAGUGUGACUGGGGAGCAACAGCAAAGUUUGAUACAAACUCAGAGAGUUGUUGGCCACAGUCAGGGUCAGCCACAGGCGAAUGAAAUAAAUAAGGGGGGAGCUGAGCAACAUCUGGUCAUACAGCAGAGACCCUCGCUUGUUAACCAACAGAUUGCACAUGCUCCUAGUUUUGUAGGACAGACAAACAUUUCACUCAUGAAUCAAAUUAGAGCUCAACUUCAGGCCAUAAUUGCAAAAAAUCCACAUUUGAAGCACUUGAAUGCACAACAACAGCAACAGUUACACACAAUCCUCCUUCAGCGACACCAACAAACUCAAAAUCAAGCUCUCAGGCAUGCACCAUUCCAAGAUUCAACAGUACAGCCUACUCCUGUUUCCAGUGGAAUAUCUGCUGAUCAAACAUCACUGAGUGGAAUAUUUCAUGUUCGUCAGAUGCCAUCAUCUGUUGCAGAACAAGUUCAGCAAAAUUAUGCUGAGGAAAAUCAGCCAGUAAAUGUACAGAAGUCAACACCAGAUCAUUCAACUGGAACACAGGUGGCUGGGUGUGGUGCAGUUCAGUCUCAGGAAAAUACAACUACACAAAUUUCACAAAAUAUUGCAAAUUUUCGACAUAUUGGGCACCAGCCCCAACCUCAGCAUAAAAUGCCACAGGUGCCGGGUCAACCGAUAUUGUCAGCUAGUCAGCCAUACCAAAUGCAGCAACUACAUCAGGUGCAGCAACCUCAGAUGCAACAGGAUCAACAAACACAAAUUCAGCAGGUCCUCCAAACACAAAAUCAACAGGUCCUCCAAACACAAAAUCAGCAAGGGCAGCAACUGCAAACGACACAAAUGCAACAGGUACAGUCUCUUCAGAUGCAGCAGGUACAACCAACCCAAAUACAGCAACUGCAGGCUCACAAUAUUCAACAGGUACCAGUACAGCAGCAAAUGCAACAGCAGCCAGUUCAGCAGACCCCACAGCAUCAGAUACAGCAGUUAAAUCAGAUUCAACAGCUGCAGCAAUCACAGCAGCAAGUACAGCAGCAUCAUUUACAACAAUUGCAACAGACACAACAGCAAUUGCAGCAACAGAAGAUGCAGCAGACUCCGCAAAUUCAGCAGCAGGUGGUUGAGCAGACACAACCGUUAUUGGCACCGCAGCAGAUACCGCAGUCUUUGCAGCAGAAUGCUCUGCAGUUGCAGCAAACACAGAAGCAGGUUUUACAACAAAUACAGCAACUUCAAGCAGUUCCACAACAGAUACAACAAACGCAGCAGGUUGUGCAACUACAACAAACUCAGAAACUGCAGCAAAAUCAGCAGCUACAACAAGCUCAGCCGCAAAGCCAGCAGCAGUUACUACAGCAGGCUCAGCGACAAGCCCAGCAGCUUCAGCUGGCUCAGCGGCAAGCCCAACAGCUUCAACUAGCUCAGCGACAUGGGCAGCAACUACAGCUGGCUCAACGACAGGUCCAGCAGCAGCUGCAACAUUUUCAGAAGCAGGUUCAACAAUUACAACAGGCUCAGCAACCAGGUCAGUCCCAGCAUCUGCAACAGGCUCAGCAACAAGUACAGCAGCUUUUACAGUUGCAACUGCAGCUACAGGUACAGCUGCAACAGGCUCAACAACAGCUUCAACAGGUUGAGCAGCACCAGACUUCGCAGCAAGGUCCACAGCAGUCUCAGCAGCUACAGCAGACUCAACCACAAGUUCCACAGCAGCUGCAACUGUCUCAGCCUCAAGUCCAACAACUGCAUGUGUCUCAGCCACAAUCUCAGCAAAAUCUGCAGCUUCAACAGGCCCAGCAGCUGCAGCAAGCUCAACAGUUGCAACAGGCCCAACAGCAGGUUCAGCAGCAACAAUCACAGCAGGUACAGCAACAACUGCAACAAGCUCAGCAGCAACUGCUGCAGCAGGCCCAGCAGCAGGUGCAACAGCAGCAGGUUCAGCAUAUGAAACAGACCCAGCAGCAAGCUCAACUGCUGCAACACACCCAGCAGCAAGUUCAGCAGCAGCAACUGCUGCAACAUGCCCAGCAGCAAGCUCAGCGGCAGCUGCUGCAGCAAGGUCAGCAGCGACAACAGCAGCAGGCCCAGCUGCAAGUGCAGCAGCAGGCUCAGCAGCAAGUUCAGCAGCAGCAGACCCAACAGCAAGUUCAGCAACAACAGCUGCAGCAGCAGGCCCAGCAGCAAGUUCAACAGCAGCAAAUGCAUCAGCAAGGCAAACAGCUGCAGGUCCAGCAGCAAGUUCAACAACAGCAGCAGCUGCAGGUCCAGCAGCAAGUUCAACAACAGCAGCAGCUGCAGGUCCAGCAGCAAGUUCAACAACAGCAGCAGCUGCAGGUCCAGCUGCAAGUUCAACAACAACAGCUGCAGCAGCAAGUUCAACAACAGCAGCAGCUGCAGCAGGCCCACCAAGUUCAACAGCAGCUGCAGGCCCAGCAAGUUCAACAACAGCAGCUUCUGCAACAGCAGGCCCAGCAAGUUCAACAACAACAGCAGCUGCUGCAGCAGCAGGCCCAGCAAGUUCAACAGCAGCAGCUGCAGCAGGCUCAGCAGCAAGUUCAACAGCAGCAGCUGCAGCAGGCCCAGCAACAAGUUCAACAGCAGCAGCUGCAGCAGGCCCAGCAACAAGUUCAACAACAACAACAGCAGCUGCAGCAGUCCCAGCAGCAAGUUCAACAACAGCAGUUGCAGCAGUCCCAGCAAGUUCAACAGCAUCAGCUGCAUCAGGCCCAACAUCAAGUUCAGCAACUGCAGCAGGCCCAACAGCAAGUUCAACAACAGCAGCAGCAAGCCCAACAGCGAGUUCAGCAACAACAGGUGCAACAGCUGCAGCAGACUCAACCUCCGGUUCAGCAGCUGCAGCAGGCCCAGCAAAGCAAAGAGCAGGUUCCACAGCAGCUGCAAAAGUGUGAAGAGCAUCUUCAGCAAAUACAGCAACAUCAGAUUCAACAACAGCCACCACCAGUAGAUCAUAUACAGCAGCAGGAAGCAGAACAGCAGAAUUUGUCUCAGUCAUCACCAUUGUGUCAGCCAAAACAAACAGAACAGCAGAUCCAGAUACUAGAGACAAAUCAGGCUGUAAAGAUAGAACAAGCUGAACAAAAGGAAUUGCCUAAGCAAACCGAACAGGUACUGCAAACACAGCACUGCUCCUUACAGCAGAAUCAGCUGCAGCAGCACACAUCACCAUUGUCACAGUUGCCAUCUCAUCAAAUGUUAAUUCAGCAGCAAUCACAACAAAAAAUGUCAUCACUACAGCAACUGCAGCAAUUACAGACUUCACAUUUACAACAAUCACCGCAAGUCUUACAACAACAAAUAUCUAAUCAAACACCUCAGACUUCCCAACAACAACAGCUGCAAAAUCAAAAUGUUCAGCAGCCCCCAAAUUUGCAGCAGCAUAAUAAGGCACAUGGACAAUUUCAACAGCACCAAAAUGUUCAAGUACAGCCAGUAAACUCUCUAGUCCUACGGGCUGGCCUGCAGACACCAGAGUCACAACAUCAGGUAGGACAUGCACAGAGUCCACAACUACAAAUGAAAAGUCAAAUGCUGCAGCAGCAGUCUCAACAGCUGCAGCAACUUCAGUUGCAGCUUUACCAGCCUCAGCAGAUGACUAUACAAAACCAAGCUAGCCAAGUUAAGCAUCCGACUCAAAGCCUGUUGCCAGCACAGCAGCAAACACACCAACAAAUUCCACAACAACCACAGGUGAGGCAGUCACUGGCCAUUCAACCAUCACAUACUCCAAAUGUAAAGCAGAAUCAAAAUCAACAGCUGCAGCAGCAAAAACUACAGCAACUUCAUCCGCAUCAGAUUCAACAUGUGCAGAAAAUUCUGCAGCUAAAACAGCAAAUGCUAAAUCAGCCUCCCCAGAAGCAAUUUCAACUACAACAGCAAAUCCAAAUGCACUUGCAACAGUUGCGUCAACAAGCACAACUGCAAUUAGAACAACGUCAGGAACCAAAGAGAGAGACACAAGAGACUACGACUGUUUGCCCAGAGCCUGUACCAACUGUACAGACCACUCAAAGCAAAUCCUCAGAGGAGCAUGUCCCUAUCAUAAAGUCAGAGAAUAAUCUUUCUGCAGUAAAAAACUGUCCUAGUAAUUUGUCACCGCCAUCCAACCAUGGUCAGAACCCAGAUUCCUCAUCUUCCAAAGAGGCCUCUUUAGCCUCAUCCAUGUUAAGUAGCGUGCAUGACUCAGAUGCAAAAUUUGCUGAUACUGUCAACAUUUUGCCCAAAGAACAGUCCAAAGAAUCAGAACCAUCAAAUGAAAUCAGUUGUCACCCAUCAUUUGCAACUGGAGGCAUACAUUCUGAUAAGCAAGUAGAGGAACAGGGCAAAGUAACAGAAAGUUACACUGAAAAGGAGUCCAACACAAAAUCAUCUUCAAAUUCAAAUGUCCAUUUAGAGGUUGGUGAAAUGGCUGACUUUCCCAAGCUCCUUAAACAGGAGCCCGUAGAGCUUGGAGUAGCUAUCCAACAGAGUGAGGCAAAUUGUGAUAAUACAUCCCUUGGGGCCAAAACGGAGGCUGGGCAUCUCUUGCUUCAGAAAUUGCUGCGUGCCAAGACAGUUCAGCUUGCUACCCAGCGCUCAGCAGAUCCUCUUCAUGCAGAUAUAAAUGGUCAUAUCGACAACAAAUUAACUGUUCUUGAACAGAAACUAAAAGCUGCUACACGGAAUCAGGAGGACAUUGGUGCAAAGAAGACUGUCCCUAAACCAAAGAGGACACAGAAGACAAAUGAAAGGGUACCUAACUCUCGCAAAAAAAUUCGCCGAGAGGAUAGUAUAAAAUCUCCUGAUGCCAUUAUGAAACAGCUAAAGCAGGAACUUUCUCUGUUACCACUUGUGGAGCCUUCAAUCACAGCCAAUUUCAGCCUUUUUGCUCCAUUUGGUAGUAGCAGCCCUGUUAAUGGCAAAUGCCCUCUUAAAGGAUCUUUUGGCAGUGGAGCCCUGGAGAGCAUCCCAGACUAUUACACACAGCUACUUAAUAAGAAUAACCUCAGUAACCCUCCAACACCUCCAAGCUCGCUGCCGCCCACUCCACCUCCCUCUGUGCAGCAGAAAAUGGUUAAUGGGGUUACAGCAGCAGAUGAUCUGAGUGAUGCAAAGAAAGAAACUGAAAGCAGUGUAGAAACCGAGGAUAAGAAAGGUACGGUUGAACGUAGCCUGGACCUGUUGGCAGCAUUACCUACCCCUCCACAUAAUCAAUGUGAAGAUGUCCGGAUGGAGAGUGAUGAGGAAAGUGAUGUCCCUGAUAGCAUUGUGCCAGCUUCCUCCCCAGAGAGUGUCCUUGGCGAGGAAACUCCGAGGUUUCCCACACUCUGUGAAGUAAAGGAAGAAGAGGAGGAGAGAUCCUUGUCACCAGUCAUACCUCUUAUUCCUGUUUGCUCCAUACCAGUGUUCCCAGAUGUGAAGCCUGCUGAGACAUUGGAAGCUAUACCAGAGCAUUCUGGGAAGGUACUUGUGACUUCUGCUGGGGGAACUGUUUCAUGGGAAAAGUCAAAGGGCAGUGAAGUGUCUGUUAUGCUCACCGUAUCGGCGGCAGCAGCUAAGAGUCUGAAUGGUGUUGUUGCAGCAGUUGCUGAUCUGCUGAGUAUCACGUUACCAAGUUCCUAUGAGGUACUUUUUCCAGAGAGGGGUCUCAAAAGUACUGUAGAGGUAAAGAAGCCUGAAGAUUCCUCCACAGAUGGUGAGAAGGAAAAGUCUCAAAUGGGGAAAACAGAAAACAGUACAGACUGGCUAAAGCAGCUUGACGCUGUACUUCCUGGUUAUACGCUGAAGAAUGAGCUGGACAUUCUUACUCUGUUAGCACAGGAAGAGAAUGUGAUUGAGAAUCCUGCACAUCAUUAUUACAUGAACAAUGUGUCUAACCUAGAUGUGCGCCAGCUUCCAGUGUUACCUGAAGUAUCUUCUCCUCCACCAUCUCCUUUUGUUCCAUCUCCUGCUACCCCUGCAGAGCCUUCUGCUGAACCAGAUCCCCCAGUACCUCUUGAGCCAUUACCUAUGCCUCCACCUAUGUCUCCAGAUAAAGAGGACUGUAAGGACAUGGCCAAAAUUAAGCAACGUGCACGACCACCAGAGGAUGUCAUUGAGGAGCCUAAGCCACGAAUAAAAAAAUGGAAAGGUGUUCGCUGGAAGCGUCUGCAUAUACUGAUCACGUUUCAGAAAAUUGGCACGCGGCAUUGUGAAAAAGAAAUAUGUGAGGUAAUAGAAAGACUAGGGACCACUUUAAGGCCGGAAACCUUACCUCCAGACCUUCGCAAAUGCUGCUUCUGUCAUGAAGAAGGUGAUGGAACUACUGAUGGACCAGGUCGCUUGCUUAAUUUGGACCUUGAUCUUUGGGUGCAUCUUAACUGUGCCCUGUGGUCUACAGAGGUGUAUGAGACGCAAGGUGGAGCACUAAUAAAUGUGGAAGUUGCCCUUCAUCGAGGCUUGCUUACCAAGUGUAGUCUGUGCCAGAAAACUGGAGCCACCAAUAGCUGCAACCGCCUUCGUUGCCCAAACGUGUAUCAUUUUGCCUGUGCCAUCCGUGCAAAGUGUAUGUUCUUUAAGGAUAAGACUAUGUUGUGUCCGAUGCACAAAUUAAAGGGGCCGUGUGAGCAGGAGUUGAGCUGUUUUACAGUCUUCCGACGUGUAUAUAUAGAAAGAGAUGAGAUUAAUCAAAUUGCCAGUAUUAUCCAACGUGGCGAUCGCAUCAACAUGUUUAGGGUUGGAGGACUUGUUUUUCAUGCCAUUGGUCAGCUUCUCCCCCAUCAGAUGCAGGAUUUCCAUAGUGUGACUGCCCUCUACCCUGUGGGAUAUGAGUCCACACGAAUUUAUUGGAGUAUGCGGCAUAGCCAUCGUCGCUGCUGUUAUCGGUGCAGAGUGUGUGACAACAAUGGAAACCCUGAAUUCACUGUCCAAGUUAUUGAGUACGGCUAUGAGGAUGUAAUACUCACUGACUCCUCUCCUCAAGCUCUCUGGAAUCGAGUUGCUGAACCUGUAGCCCGAAUGAGGAGAGAGACUGGAAUGCUUCGGCUUUUCCCAGAGUAUCUGAAAGGAGAAGAGAUGUUUGGGCUGACAUUGCAUGCAGUGCUGCGCAUUGCUGAAUCUUUGCCAGGAGUAGAGAAUUGCCAGAACUAUCUCUUCCGUUAUGGCAAACAUCCUUUAAUGGAGCUGCCCCUCAUGAUCAACCCAACUGGCUGUGCCAGAUCUGAGCCGAAGAUCAUGACCCAUUACAAGCGGCCACACACUCUGAACAGUACUAGUAUGUCCAAAGCCUACCAGAGCACCUUUACCGGGGAAAUCAACACACCCUAUAGCAAGCAGUUUGUGCACUCCAAAUCAUCUCAGUACAGACGGCUCAAAACUGAGUGGAAAAACAAUGUGUAUCUAGCUCGCUCACGGAUCCAAGGCUUGGGGCUGUACGCAUCCAAAGACCUUGAGAAGCACACCAUGGUCAUUGAGUAUAUAGGCACCAUCAUCAGGAAUGAAGUGGCAAACAGACGGGAGAAGAUCUAUGAAGAACAGAACCGAGGCAUUUAUAUGUUUCGAAUCAAUAAUGAACAUGUCAUUGAUGCCACUCUUACUGGUGGGCCAGCCAGGUACAUUAACCAUUCAUGCGCCCCCAACUGUGUUGCUGAGGUAGUCACUUUUGACAAAGAGGACAAGAUCAUUAUCAUCUCUAGUCGCCGGAUUCCUAAAGGAGAGGAGCUUACAUAUGACUACCAGUUUGACUUUGAGGAUGAUCAGCACAAAAUCCCUUGUCACUGUGGAGCAUGGAAUUGCCGGAAAUGGAUGAACUGAAUAGGAGUGCGAUGUUCUGAAUGCCUCUUAAUCAUCCUGCACAUCUGCCCUUUUGCAGAGAACCUGGGGAUAGAGCACAGGACACCUAAUGUGUCUCUGCCAUCACCUCACCCCCAUUUCUGCGGUUUAAGCCUUUCUUGAUAUGGCUGCAGGACUCAGGUAACCCUCUGCCUCUUAAUCAAGUAAGGCAAGUACAGUGACGGCAGGAAAGCAUUGCUACCAGUCUGAUACCUUCUAUGGUGAAAGGGAUAAACCAGAAGAAAAGACCGUUCACUGAAUACGAACAACCAGAUGUGUUAUGUGUAGCAUCCUUCCUUCAUCGAAGUUACAAGUGGUCUAUGGAGUAAGGAACCUUUUUUUUUUAAAUAAAUUCUGAUGACUUCUCUAAGUUGAGAGGUUCAGAAAUGUAAAACAAAAAAAAAUCAGUUCUUAGUUAACCAAGCAGUUUGACAAUCCUAAAUCUACUGGACCAUCGGAGCGCAAGAGAGAGCACAUGAGCCUGCAGACAAAGAGCACAGGAGAUGCUUUCAGCGAGCGCCAAGAGACAGUCCCAAAGACUGUUACCUGUCACAGCUACCCAAUCCCGGAGGCACCUGCCAGCACCUACCUCAUCUGCCUGUUGGAUAAUAUUGUGUAUAUGUGACACUCCCAUGGCAAGCUAUAAUAGAUAGCACCUCAUGAACAGUGACACAGCUCACCUGGAGUUGUGCAAUGAAAAGCUCUCCCACUGAUAACUUUCUCAAGCUUUGUGGCCUGUCUCAUGGCCUUUGAUUUGGGCUUUGAGCAGGUAGAAGUGCACUAAGGGACAUGCUUUCUGCAAACCACCUGCUUUCCCUCCACAGCACAUUUCUCCCCCUAUUCAAUGCCCGAUGAUCUCAUCCUUCUUAAUACAUGAAGCUUGAGAGGUUAUGAGAUCCUGCUGUGUAUAUGGGGUAGAGGAUAAUGCUAUUACGGUAGAGAUGUAUGUGUGACUGUAUGGAUGUAUGAAUUAAGAAUCCUUUGUAGCAGCUGUGUGUUCAUUAAACUACUCCCCUAAACUGUAUUGCUGUAAAGUCCAAUAUACAAUUUACAGAACAUUCUAGUAGUAUAUUUUUUUGAAGGUGAUUUUUUUUUUUUUUUUUUUUUUUUUUUUUUUUUUAAUCCUGGUUUUUGAAAUGUACUGUCUAUCCCACACAUCCUUCAAUAUGCCCCUCACAUGCAUUAAUCUAAAGCUGCUGCUUUUUUUCUUGGUAUAUACAUAGACCCCCUCCUUUUUUUUUUUUUUUAAGCACAGUGCUUGGGUGGAAACAGGUGAAAGGGAGUUAUUUAUUUAUACAUGUAAUUAUAUUUAUGAAUUAAAGCCUUGUGUGAGGGAAGUACAGGGUCAAUUUUUAUGACUGGCAUGGUAUUCCUGGGGUUUGCAUAGCUGAAAUGUUCAGUUAUCGACUUCCAGUAAUAAAGCAAAGGUGUACAUGUAAUGAUUAAGCACUAGUGAUGUCCUGGGAAGUGUGGUCAGUCCACAUACUGGUUCUGCAUAGAGUAGGUCACAAUCCUUUUGCCUUCCAAGCUACAUUUUUGUUUUAACCUGCUAGUGCUUUAAAUGCAAGAAAUGUUUUCUUUUUUAGUAUGUGUGUACCAGAGCAGUGUGAAAUUAGUCUUGUCCCCACAGCCACAUGUCUGUGGAUGUUACUUUAAUAACAGACACAGCAAUUAUGUUUGAAGUGCACAGAAAAAGAUUGAUGGCAAGAAUAGGCCAAGGGCAUUUAAAAUCAAAAACCGUGUGAAUAGGAGAGGUAAUUAAGUGCUGUUGCUUUUUAACACGAGCUGCUUCCACACCUGUUUUAAAAGCUGCAGACUUGUACAAAUAAAAGGAAAGAUAAGUGUAAAUAAAUGUAAGAAAAUAGAAAAGAAAUAAUUAAAAAAAAAAAUCAGAAUGGCGUGCAUAGUCGGCACCGUUUUAGCACGAAAAACCACUGGACACUAUGAAAACCCUGCAAAUUCCUAAUGAAAAGGCCCCUCUUUCCCUCCAAUUUCCCGCAUCUUUCAACCGUGAAUCUUCUGGGAGGGCAACAGGCUCUUCAGUGGAAGCCAACAGAAAAGUGAUUCUAGAUUAUCAUAGCUAUAAAUAGUUAUGUAGCUUUUAGGUAUACCCUAUACAGGUUUUAUUUUUUAUAUAUAUAUAAAAAAUAUUAUCCAGACCCAAGCUUGAAAUACUUGAUUUUUUUUUUCUGCUUGUAUAAAAAAAAAAACUUUAAAUUGCUGUGUUUGAUUUUAAUUUUGGUCUUCACUUGCAAAUAUUCGGUUUUCAUUUUAUAAAUAUAUAUAUAUAUAUAUAUAUAUUUCCUUUUUUGCCAUUUCCAUUUUUUAUUGACAAUUCUAUGAGGAGGUGUAAUUUGUGUGGUAAGAAUUCUGUACAGAAGAUUUGUCCAUGGUAGAAAAUAUAAAAUUAUUCCUUUUUAAAAAAAAAAAGAAAAAAAAAUGAAAAUACUUGUACGUGGCAUGUUUUGUAUUGAAUAUAAUUUUGAAAUGUAUAUAAUUUAUGUGAAAGGGGGCAAGUAAGAGAAGUCUCAUUUGCUUCUUUUUGGUUUGUUUUUAAAGGACAAAUAAAAUGCAUUUUAAAUACA